AUGGGUUACCCCUUGCUCCUCUUCGGCCUGCCUGUCUUGGGGAUCUAUGCCCUGACCUCUCACUGCCUGCGAAAGAGACCACACCUGCUGCACAGGCCACGCAAGUUUCCCAUUCGAUGCCAGCAUGUAUCGCAUCGCGGAGGCAGCGGAGAACGGAUUGAGAACACUUUGGAAGCCUUCAGCCAUGCUCAAAGCCAGGGAACAAAUCUACUGGAACUUGACUGCUUCAUGACAAGGGACGGGGUCGUGGUUGUGUCCCAUGAUAACGAUCUCGAACGCCAGACAGGACGCAACAUCAAAAUCAGUGAGACAAACUACGAGGAUUUGCCUCCCUAUAAGGAUUGUCUGGAGGUGACCUUCUCACCAGGCCGCUAUUCCCAUGGCUCAGAUCACCAUAUCCCACGUUUGGAGGAUGUUUUUCAGAAAUUCCCUGGCAUACCUAUCAAUAUAGAAAUUAAGGAGGAGAAUGACGAACUCAUACAAAAGGUAGCAGAUCUAGUCCGCCAAUAUGACCGCUCCCACAUCAGCAUCUGGGCAUCCUUUGAAGAAGAAAUUUUGAAGAAAUGCCACACAGCUAACAAAGAGAUGCCAUAUAUCUUCUCCGUCCAACGUGGCAUCACCAUCCUCCUCCUCUACUAUGUGGGGCUACUGCCUUUCAUACCAAUCAAAGAAUCUUUCCUCGAGUUUCUGCUACCCUCCAUCUUGAACAGGACAAUGUUUCCAGUGAAAAAGGGCUACUGUGGAGCACUGCUGGCUAAAUUUGUUCAAAAGGUGACCAUGAGGAAAAAGUUUAUUAAGCAUCUUGAAGACAGAGGGAUACAGGUUCUUCUUUGGGUUCUGAAUGAAGAAAAAGAUUUCGAGGAAGCAUUUAGCUACGGGGUCUCUGGUGUUAUGACCGAUUACCCCUCCAGCCUCCGAAAGUACCUGGACAGCCAUCCACCCCUUCUCAAUGAAUGAUUUA